GUUGGGGAUGUAUGGAGUCACGACGCGCUACGCAACGCAGUUCGUCAUGACUCGAAGUGAAUCACGAUGGGAUUUCUUUAGUGACGUGAAAUUUAGGUUAGAUGCAAUUAGGCAUGGCUCGGGUGUGCAGCAUAUUCACCAGCAGCUGUAGCACAUAGCUGCUCAUCUUUUUUGUGUGUGCUUGCAGUUUAUUUUUAGGAUCCAAAGCAGAAAUUUCCACGCACCUGAACUCUUGCACUAUUUUCCAUGAAGUGAGGAGCGCGCCGGUGAAGUCAAGUGCGGAUUUCUGCUGGAGGACCCUGCUUUCCGCUCCGUGCACCUGUGGACGCCUGCAAAAAAAAAGAGCACCGUGGACGCCUUUUGUGUUAAUUUUUUUUUGUUUUCCCAUACGCGUUUUUUAUUUUUAGGGGCUUCCCUGCAGCACGAAGCGUGUGUCGGAUGCGCGGCUGCAGCAGUCGGAGAGGUCUGGUCACAUUCACAUCAGCUCUGAGCAGCGCCGGGUGGUCGCGUGUGGAUGGGCUCUGUCGGUCUCCGUGUCUCCAGCAGCUCCUAACUAACGAUGGCAUCGCAGGGUUUCUGGUCUCUCGGCGGAGAUAAUACGGGGGCCAACACCGGGAGUCAGAGCCCCAGCACGCCCAGGGCUUGGUGCCAAGCGGCGGCCCAGAAAUUAUCCGGAGGAAUUGGAUCCAAAUUAUGUGCGCUGCUCAAUGUCGGGGAAGUGGAGAAAGCCGCCGAGCCGGCCGCCAAGCAGCCGCCGGGGACAGAAGCUGCAAGCACCUGCGGCUGCAACAAAUCCUGCAACUGCACCAAAGCUGCCGUGGUCUUCUCCGACCUCUAUUCAACAGACCUGUUACCUGCCAUGGAUGGCGACACCAAAACAAUGACCUUCCUGCAGGAAGUUGUGGAUAUUUUAUUGGCCUACAUCGUGGAGUCUUUCGACCGGGACACGAAAGUUAUUGAUUUUCAUUAUCCAAACGAGCUGCUUCAGAUGAAUAACUGGGAGCUGCAGGGCGAGCCCGCCACCCUGGAUGAUAUCUUGAUCAGCUGUCGCGCGACGCUCAAAUACGCCAUCAAAACAGCCCACCCCAGGUACUUCAAUCAGCUCUCUACAGGAUUAGACAUGGUCGGACUGGCAGCCGAUUGGCUAACGUCCACCGCCAACACCAAUAUGUUCACCUAUGAGGUGGCGCCUGUCUUUGUGCUGCUGGAAUACGUCACUCUGAAGAAGAUGAGGGAGAUCAUUGGCUGGCCGGAUGGGCGAGGAGAUGGCAUUUUUUCUCCUGGUGGUGCUAUUUCUAAUAUGUACGCCAUGCUGCUGGCUCGCUUCAAGAUGUUCCCCGAAGUGAAGGAGAAAGGAAUGUCAUCUGUUCCCAGACUGGUGGCCUUCACAUCUGAACAUAGCCAUUUCUCAAUCAAAAAAGGUGCGGCGGCUCUCGGCAUCGGGACAGAGAGUGUGAUCUGCAUCAAAGCAGAUGAAAGUGGUAAAAUGAUCCCGGCCGACCUUGAGAGGAGAAUACUGGAGGCGAAACAGAAGGGCUUUGUUCCUUUCUUUGUCAGUGCAACUGCUGGAACGACAGUGUACGGAGCCUUUGACCCGCUCAUCGCCAUUUCUGACAUCUGCAAAAAGUACAGCAUCUGGAUGCACGUAGACGGUGCGUGGGGAGGAAGUCUGCUCAUGUCCCGGAGACACAGGUGGAAGCUGGACGGAGUUGAGAGAGCCAAUUCAGUAACAUGGAACCCACACAAGAUGAUGUCCGUCCCUCUGCAAUGUUCGGCCCUGCUGGUCAGAGAGGAGGGUCUGAUGCAGAACUGCAACCAGAUGCACGCCUGCUACCUGUUCCAGCAGGAUAAACACUACGACCUUUCCUACGACACCGGGGACAAAGCGCUGCAGUGCGGACGCCACGUGGACAUCUUCAAGCUGUGGCUCAUGUGGAGAGCUAAGGGCACCAUCGGGUUCGAGGCGCAGAUUGACAAGUGCUUGGAGCUGUCAGAGUACCUCUACAACAAGAUCAAGGACAGAGAAGGAUACGAGAUGGUCUUUGACGGGAAACCUCAGCACACCAACGUCUGCUUCUGGUACCUCCCUCCUGGGAUCCGCUACAUGGAGGACAAAGAGGAGAAAAAGAAACACUUGCACAAGGUGGCUCCGGUGAUAAAAGCCAGGAUGAUGGAGUACGGGACAACCAUGGUCAGCUACCAGCCACAAGGAGACAAGGUCAACUUUUUCCGCAUGGUGAUCUCGAAUCCCGCCGCAACCUUCGAGGACAUCGACUUUCUUAUUGAGGAGAUUGAACGACUCGGCCAGGAUCUAUAAAACUCAUCUCACCAAGUCCUCCUGUACUUUUCCCCCUUGACGGAUGAAUUGUUUGUCGUGAAUGUACUGGUAAACUUUUUCUUUUCUCUCUCUCUUUCCUCCAAAGUCACAUAUUUAAGAGUAUAUUUGAGAAAAAAAAGAUCUACAGAUAUAUCCAUAUAUUAUGUAUUGUAGCUUUGCUGUGGACUGACUGGGUCCAAAGCUAUGUAAAAGUGCUUCUGUCUGCCUUUCCUAUAGUGUAGUCCACCCCAGAGUAGUGUAAGUGAUGUAACUUUAUAUGUACUUUUUGUGAUAUGAAAUGCUUGUGCAAUAGGUCGAUGAGGAAGAGUUUAUUUUUUAAUCAUUUCUCAUUUGCCGAGUAUGUUGUUAAGUGCCAAACGUGGUUGUGUUCUAUUGUAACUUUACAUUUUAAACUUCUGGUUUAAAAC